CUGCUGCUGCUGCUGGCGUGGGCGGCGGCGCCGCGCCCCGCCGCCGCCGUCGACCAGCGCUUCGCCAUGGAGCCACAGGACCAGACGGCCAUCGUGGGCUCGCGCGUCACGCUGCCCUGCCGCGUCGUCAACAAGACCGGCGCGCUGCAGUGGACCAAGGACGACUUCGGCCUGGGCACGCACCGCAACCUCUCGGGCUUCGAGCGUUACCGGAUGAUCGGCAGCGACGAGGAGGGCGACUUCUCGCUGGAGAUCUUCCCGGUGAUGCUGGACGACGACGCGCGCUACCAGUGCCAGGUGGGGCCCGGGCAGGCGGGCGAGCCAGGCAUCCGCUCCAAGUUCGCCACGCUCACCGUGCUCGUGCCGCCCGAGCCGCCGCGCAUCGUGCAGGGCGACUUCCUCGUCACCACCGAGGACCGCGAGAUCGAGCUGGAGUGCGUGUCCCUGGCCGGCAAGCCGGCCGCCGAGAUAACUUGGAUUGAUGGGCUUGGCAACGUGAUGACCGAAGGACUGGAUGAAAUUGUAGAAGCACUGCCUGAUGGCCGGCGCUUCACCUCGAAGUCUAUUCUGAAAUUGACCCCCAAGAAAGAACACCAUAAUACCACCUUCACUUGUCAAGCUCAAAAUACUGCAGAUCGCACUUACCGAAGUGCACGACUUCGUCUAGAAGUAAAGUAUGCACCAAAAGUGACCCUCACCAUCACAUCAGGACGUAUGACUGAAGGAGCAGAAGUACGACUAGCUUGUCGUGCAGAUGCCAAUCCUUUGGAUCUAACAUACCGAUGGUUUAUCAAUGAUGAAUUGAUGGCUGGCGACUUCACUACUGAAUUCAUUAUUCCUAAUAUUUCUCGACGAUAUCAUGAUGCAAUUGUCAAAUGUGAAGUGCACAAUCCUGUUGGGAAAAGUGAAGAAUCGGAAACCCUAGACAUUAGCUAUGGUCCACGAUUUAAAACUCGACCAAAAAGUGUACAAGCUGAUCAGGGAACAACUGUCACUCUCACAUGCGAUGUAGAUGGCAAUCCACCUCCAGAUAUUCUUUGGAUUCAUGAAGAUACAGGAAAGGUUGUUGGUACUUCUGUUAAUCUCACUAUGGAUGUGGACAAACGAACAGCUGGGCGCUACUAUUGCAAAGCAGGUGUACAAGGCUUCCAUGAAAUUGGUGCAGAGGCAACAAUUAUGCUCAAAGGAAAACCUACUAUUAGCAGUGCAUUGGUGCAAUUUGGCAUCCCAGGAGAUAAUGUGCGUUUGGAAUGCCUCGCAUUUUCUGUUCCCAAGCCAGAUCAUGUAGUUUGGACCUUCAAAGGCAAUGAAGUAGAUGCCUCGGACAAGGAUUAUACUAUUUUGGAAGAUCCUUUACCUGAAGGCAUCAAAAGUACACUUGUGAUAAGGGAGUCUCGAGAUCAGCACUUCGGGUCCUACAAUUGUUCGGUCACGAACCCAUAUGGAAGUGAUACAGUAGAGAUAUUGCUAAAAGCACAAAACUGCAGAGAUGCUGAAAAGCAAUGUAAAGAGUCUGAUAGAUCCUCAAAUAUUUCUGACCUCAAAAUGGAAUUGAGAACAGGAUCUUCUGUAAGCAAUGUUCACUGUGAACUGGAGUAUGGCCCUGACUCAGAAACGGGGAGUGAAAGUGUGGUAACUAGAGUUGGUAUGCCACUUGCUGGCCCUGUAGCCAUGCCUGUUAAUGGUGGAGAAAACAUAUACAGAUAUUCAACUGAAUUUACUGAACCCAUCUUCCCUCCUAAGGAUGGGCAAAAUAAUAAUGGAUAUGUUCCAUAUGUUGAUUACUCAAGAGAUUUCAACCCUCCACCUCCAACAACAUUGGGUAUUGAGAGCAGCCGAGAAUCACUCACAAUGCCCAACAUUGACCCUCGUUAUUCAGCUGCGUAUGGGAAUCCAUACUUGCGCAACUCCAGCACAUCUCUUCCUGCUCCUCAUGCAACUCACAAUACACAUGUGAGUCAUGCAGUGGGAACUCCUGCCCCACCACCGUAUACUCCUGCAACUCGAAACGGUGCUGUGCCUCAAGUAGCUCGACUGCCACAUUCUCCCACCACACAGUACAUUGUGCCCAACUCUCAGCCAACGACUGUGAAGAGAGGGACUUUGGCAACUCAUGUAUAAUGCAAAACCAUUAUCCACUAGAAUCUGUGAGUGCAUUCAGGAUACUCUAGGCAAGUUUGGAAAAGCAAUGUUAUGAUGCUAGUACUGUGGUGCAGAAGGUCCUAGAACUGUAUUCAGCUAUCUCGUGUAAAGUGAUCUGAUGAGUGAAAAGUGAUCUGGUGGAGAAUGAAUUUGUAAAAUCUGAGUGCUUCUUGUUCAAAGAGAGUAAAGUGUGUAACAUCACAAACAUUGUCGUUAUUUACAAUUCAUUGUAUAUAUCCAUGACAUUAGUGUUUCAUAACAAUGAGUGUAGAAUUGUUUGGAAGCCCAACCAACAUAAAGCAUGUAGAUGACUGUUACAAUCAUCAGAGCUUCCAGUUAACUGAUAAUGGAAUUCUCUCUAAAUACCAAAGACUUUAUUUUGAAAUAUACGGUAACAUUGCAGAGAGGAUGAGAGAGACUUAUGUCAGUGAAGAACUGUGUUUUUCACUCAGUGUUGCAAUAGUGAAUUUGUGUAUGAGAAUGAAGAUCUCAUGUUAUAAACUGGUAACAUUUCUCUCGUGACUUUGUAAUGGUACUGGCUGAGCCUGAAAUAAGUUCAGUACGUGCAUAGAAAAGGGAAAGAAUGUCAAAAGUCUCUAGCCACAUGUGCUUAAUUCUGUUAAUAUAAAGUCUAAAGUGAGUGGCUUCUAAUGCUCUUCUUUCUUCAGAUCUUCAGACUGUUGCAGAAUAUUCCCCUUAACAUAAGUAUCUUAACUGUGAUUAUAACUAUUUUGAAUGUAUUUGCUAUAAAACUGUGUCAUUUUGGAUUUUCUUCCAUUUUGAAAAAUUAAAUACAUAAAUGUUACAAAACAGAAAAUACUAUAAAAUGCAGGCCUAAUGGUUCAAUUUUGGGAGAGUUUUUUUUUUUAAUAUAAAUUAUUUUAAAGUAUUAUAGUUGAUUUUAUGAAGGUCUCUUAAAAAUAGUUGCCAAUGGCUUAAUAGACAAUUUCAUACUCUAUGUCAAUUGACACCAGGGCUGUAGAAUGAAUUAAAUUGCUCGAUCUUCACAUACUUUUCAAGGCAGUCCAGUGUAAAAUGCGAUGCACUCAUUGCAUCUGUUAUACUAACAGUUGUUAUUUUUAUAAUAUAGAAGGCAGUCAACAGUUAGAGCCACCAACAGCUAAUAACUAGAAAGUACCCGUCCCUAAAACAUCCAACCAUUGAGUAACAAUUUUCAAAAAACUUGUACUGCCGGCCAGUAGAUAUAUUUGUAUCUCAUUACACUGAUUUAAUUGUUCCAUGGACAUUUAGAGCAGUUGCCAUUCUUGCAAGCCUUGAAAAUUGAGCUCUGGGUGAAGGCUCUUGCAAAUCCUGAGAAUGAGUAAUUGUUCAAUUUAUGUUUAAUGUUGAGUGAAGUCUGCCUUAGUACUAAGAGACGACUGAUGUGUGUGUGGGCCUAAUUGUUUUGCAUAUACUUGUACAUACAUAAAUGUAAGUAUCAUGAAAAAAUGUACAUUCAUAUUAUGUUGAAAGUGUGUGGGUGCAACAAUACAUAAUUUAUGGUGCCAAGAAGCAGUGUUCAGUUAUAAUUGCUGUUGUAGCAAUUCAAAAAUGCAUUGUGCACCUACAAUUCAGAAAUGCAGUAUCUGCAUUCUCAAAAAAUACAGUAAUAAAAAUUAUUUAAAAGUAUCCCUAAAUAUAUAAAUUAUCUUGGAGUAUAUAAUUUUGUUAUAUUGCAAUUAAAGCUCUAUGCCUAAGGCCCUGUUUCAUUGCAAAGUGUACAAAUAAUCCUGUUCUUGAGUUGAUAUGAAAACACUAUCAAAAACUUGAUUCUACAAAGAAAGCAUUAUUUCAAUAAGCAGAAAAAAACAAUGAAAAAAUUAUUUUCUAUGGCAAGUUAUGCUCAAUGUCUACUUGAAAAUGUCGUGAAAUUUUAUACAUAAAAUUUGUAUGAAAUUAUAAAGGACAUUUUGUUUUGAACAUAAAAACUGGCAAUGUAGUUUUCAAAAGCACAAAACUUCAUUCUUCACUUUCAUUACGUCAUUGAUUUAUAAAGAUAUAUUUACAAUGAUUGUUGAUAUACAUUCUGUAUUUUCUCAAAAAAGAGUAUAUAGAAUAACAGGUUGUUUUUUUUUUUCUUUCUUUUUUUCUUCUUCUUUUUU